AUGUCGCGCCAAGCUCAAGUCGAAGAGCUCUCUGACUCGGACCCAGAGGAGGUCGCUCCCUCCGGGGAUCUGCCCGCAGACCACAUCAUCUCUCCGUCCAUAAUGCACCCUCCUCCGGGGAAUAUGCCUCCCCCAGGAAUGGCAGCGAGACCUCAACCACGACCACCACAGGAGAUACCCAAACACUUCCACUGCUUAUACGCCGUUUAUUUUGAUAAGACUCGUACGCGCACAGAGGGAAGACAAGUUUCUAGCAAAGUGGCAGUGGAGAACCCGCUUGCUAGGGAUAUUCUCGAUGCGUGUCAACAGCUGGGGUUGAGAGUUGGCUUUGAGCCGGAGAAGUUGCAUCCAAAGGAUUGGGCGAAUCCAGGUCGUGUCCGAGUUCAGCUCAAGGAUGAGGAUGGGAAUCUUUUGAAUCCGCGUGUCAAGAACAAACACCAUCUUCGAAACCUAGUCGCACAAUUUUUACAAGCACAUCCCACUGACGAAAAGUCUCCCUUCCGACUACGCAUUCACGGUUUGCCCAUGCCAGACAAGCUUCCUGAUCCUCCCGCAGCCCCUCGAGGAUGGAAGAUUGGAAAGAUCUUACCCAUCCACUCCCCUGCAUAUUCAGGAGGUGGUGUGAGCGACAAUCCUUUCAAGGACGCCAUGGCCGAAAUGGAGAAACUCGGAGGAAUGCCCGGGAUGCCCGGGAUGCCAGCUCUUCCAGGUAUGCCUCCUGGUCUGAUGGGCAUGGGAGAACCAUCUGGUGCUGGUGAGCCGAAAAAAAAGAAGGAAAAGAAAAAGGGAAAGGCUUGA